UACGUUCAAUCUAUCUCACGACUUAAGACCACAGAUUCAUUUCCUUCCCUGCACAAGACCAAAACCGCAAAUUAUUUCUUCCUCCUUCCAAACCGCAGCAUUAUAUCUCUACUCUUUGUUCUUAUACCACAAACCACCCAUAUCAUUUGCUCCACAUUUCCAUUUCCUUUCUGCCGUGAGCUGCGGGCGGAGUGUCCAAGGGAAAAGAGCCGAGCUUUCAACUUUUCUUUCCUUUCAUCCGUGAACUAGAAAAAAAAAAUAAAAAUGGUGAACCCUGCUGCUCUAUACUCGAUCCAACCGUGAGGUAGUGAAGAGAGCGGAGAGCUAAACCUUCUCCAUUUUGGUUGCAAGCUUGGACAAGAGAUAAGAGGGGUGGACGAACUGAAAGUUUGGACGGAUCGAGAAGGAAGGAUUUGCAGAAGCUAGUCGUGUGAACUAAACUUCAAUCUAAGGUAUGGAGAAUGGUAACGGGCAUGCUAACGGUAGUAGUGAGGCUAAUGGACACGUAGAGCCGCUAAGGUCCAUUUCCUAUAGACCUCGAGGAGGAGGAGAUCGAGUUCGAUACUCCCCAGCUGAUAGGUACCCUAGGUGCCAGUGUAGGGCCACCUAUGCGUAUCCCAACACGUUGGUGUUAUCUCUUGAUGAUGAGCGCCGCCACUUGUGGGACGCUAACCACACCUUGACCCAGGAUGUGGAGGAGCUGAGUAUCAUGGUGGAUACUCAGUUCGAUCGCAUAGCUGACUUGGAGAUUAGGCUAACUGCUGAGCAUAAUAUGCUGGAGGUUGCUCGUUUGGAGAUAGAGAGGCAGAGGUCUAGAGUGACCCGACUUGCUGAGGGGAUCAGAGAUAGGAGUGCUGGCAUCAGGGCUGAUGCUUCUAUGCUUAUGGAUGAGGCCACUAGUUACCUUCAGGAGGAUGAACAGGCAGGUACCGAGGAGGACCCGGAGGAGGACCCAGAGGAGCAUCCGGAGGAGGAUCCAGAGGAAGAUCCGGAGGAGGAUCCGGCUGAGGACAUUGCUCCUGAUAGCCCUGCUAAGGGUUAGACUGGGAUUGACUUGAUAGUAUUAGCUUGGUAGGAUCAGUUCAGGAGCAUUAGUCAAGUCAUCAAGUUUUGUCUAGGUGAAUGACUUGCUUCCAAGGCACCAUAUCCCUAAUUUUGUACUUAAGGGAUUAUUUGUAUGUAUUUUUGCUAACUUGUGUGCCUUACUUUAGGAAAUGUUCCAACUUGCAAAUUGUAUGACUGUU